GGCCUCCCAUUCGUUCAAUUUUUCAAUCGUUGUGUUACUUAUACGCAAAAUUUGAUCGAAAAUGCUGGCCUAAGUGCAACACCGUUGGAACAUUUGGGGCUGUACACGUGGUGGAAGCCAUCUUCGUGGUAUCGAGUGAUUCUGGAAUCAUUUCAUACCCAUUAUAAUCUCUCCUGGAUUGCAGCAAUUAUUUGUAGUAAGUUAUAG